UUCCACCCUGUAGCGUCAGGAUUGCGUCAAUUCGGGUUUCAGCCACGUCUGGAGUCUGGGAGACAGAAUCGCCCAAACAGGAGCAGGGGUGGCAGAUGACAGUGCACGGGCGCCCGGACCCCCCUCUCUGCCUCCUCCCUGCUGCUUGCGCAGGUCUCUCGGGCUCCCCACUGGAGUCUCCAGCACUGGGCGCAGCGGGCCAGACAGUCUAGCUGGCAGCUCUGUAUUCAGCACCUCGGACAGACACACAGCCCAAACAUGGCUCCGAUCUCCACCAGCCGGGAGCAAUUUGAUGAAAUCCCCACAGUAGUGGGGAUCUUCAGUGCCUUUGGCCUGGUCUUCACUGUCUCUCUGUUUGCAUGGAUCUGCUGUCAGAGAAAAUCAUCCAAGUCUAACAAGACUCCUCCAUAUAAGUUUGUGCAUGUGUUAAAGGGAGUUGAUAUCUACCCUGAGAACUUAAGUAGCAAAAAGAAAUUUGGAGCCGAUGACAAAAGUGAAGGAAAAAAUAAGCCAGCUGUGCCCAAAAAUUCAUUGCAUCUCGACCUUGAGAAGAGAGAUCUUAAUGGCAAUUUCCCCAAAACAAAUCUCAAAGUUGGCAACCCACCAAACCUGGAGAAUGUGACCCCAAAGCUCUUUCCUGAAGAGGGUAAAGAGACCGUUACCCCUGAUAGCUUAAAGUCCCUUACUUCAGAAGAGAAACAAGAGAAGUUGGGAACCCUGUUCUUUUCUUUAGAAUACAACUUUGAGAAGAAAGCAUUUGUGGUGAAUAUUAAGGAAGCUCGGGGACUGCCAGCUAUGGAUGAGCAGUCGAUGACGUCUGACCCGUAUAUCAAAAUGACGAUCCUCCCAGAGAAAAAGCACAAAGUGAAAACCAGGGUUCUGAGAAAGACCUUGGACCCAGCUUUUGAUGAGACCUUUACAUUCUAUGGGAUCCCCUACACCCAGAUCCAAGAGUUGGCCUUGCACUUCACCAUCUUGAGCUUUGACAGGUUUUCAAGAGAUGAUAUUAUUGGAGAAGUCCUUAUUCCUCUGGCAGGAAUUGAAUUAUCUGACGGCAAAAUGUUAAUGAACAGAGAAAUCAUCAAGAGAAAUGUUAGGAAGUCUUCAGGACGGGGUGAGUUACUGAUCUCUCUCUGCUACCAGUCUACUACAAAUACUCUCACUGUGGUGGUUUUAAAAGCUCGACAGCUGCCUAAAUCCGAUGUAUCUGGACUUUCAGACCCCUAUGUCAAAGUGAACCUGUACCACGCCAAGAAGAGAAUCUCCAAAAAGAAGACUCAUGUGAAGAAAUGCACUCCCAAUGCAGUGUUCAAUGAACUGUUUGUCUUUGAUAUCCCUUGUGAGAGUCUGGAAGAGAUAAGUGUUGAAUUUCUGGUUUUGGAUUCUGAAAGGGGAUCCCGAAAUGAGGUGAUUGGGCGGCUAGUCCUGGGAGCAGCAGCAGAAGGAACUGGUGGGGAGCACUGGAAGGAAAUCCGUGACUACCCCAGGAGACAAAUCGCCAAGUGGCAUGUGCUGUGUGAUGGUUAGCAUAAUAACCAAGAGUUGGAACUCUAGUGAUUUUUACUAGGCAAAGAACACAUUUCUUUCCUUCUGACAUGUGAUUGCAAGCUUUUGAUAGUCAGCACACUUGUUUUGUUUGUUUGUUUUAAACGGAUUGAAUUAUCAGGCCAGAAAGUAUCUGUAAAUGUGUAUCAUGGUGAUUCCCCCCUUUACUAGAGCAUUUUCAUAAGGUAUUCGAUUUCCAUUGCAGCCUACCAGUGAUACAGAUAAGAGUAGUCAAACAUUUAUGAAUGUUACAGUGCAAUUCCACAUUAGGGACACAGUCUGAGUAGUGAUAAUCUCAUUGGAGCAUGUCACUGGAAGUCAUUGCGAUUGUUAGAAUUUAGAAAUGAAAAGCAUUUUUGUUCUUAUGAAAAUCCAUCCAUUUUUCUUUGUGAGGGGAAAUCAUUUUUUCUUUAAAUCCAAAGAUAUUAAAGAAAUGUUCUCUAGUUUCUUUUCAUUAUUAUGUCAACUGCAACUGAUUGUCCUGAUUAUAGGAACCUAUACUUAUCUCUUCAGGUUGUAAUUAUUUGACACAGUUGUAUUAUAAGUGUAGUAACUGAAGAUUGCUCCACAAGGACAGUGAACAAGCUGAAAAAGCAGUUUAGCAAAGGGCUGAAUUGAGAACACUGUGGCUGAACUAUCAUGUUUCUUCCCCUUAAGGUUAUGUGUGAGUUAAAAUGUUGUAAAAUAUAAUCUCACAUAAAAACCAUAUCCUGGAACUAUUCACUGCCUGUCACAAGCCUCAGUAUAGCCUAAGAGAGUCUUAUUUCCAUUUGUGAAGUCGUUCAAUUAGCUUGUGGGUAAAGACAUAAACUUCAACUAGAAACCAGUUAGAAUUGCUAUUUUCUCCUAGGAAUUAUGCAUUGUAUGUAAGUGUGUAUUCAAAGCUCCCCUUGUACAAAGAGGACAUGGCUAACUGUCUUUGCUUAGCUUGUUCUCCCCCAAAAAGGACCAAGGUACUGUUUGAAAAAAUUUAAGACUGUGAAGUUUUCAACAUUACUAGACUGAAAAUGUCAAAUAAACAAACUAAAUAAUAAGACUUAAAAAAAUAGUUAUGCAGAGAGCCUAACGUGCUUCACAUUUCUUCACACAAAACACAUUUAGGCUGUCAAAUUAGCACAACACAGUACUUGUUGAACUCUAUUUUCUAGGCUAAUUCGUCUUGAACUGUUGUCUGUGGUACACUUUAUAGACAUGUGUCUCGUACAGUUUUCUAGUGCCAGGGCUCUGAAAUUAAUUAUAAACCUUGUAGAAUAAGUUAGUGCCCUUGAUAAUAUUUGGGAAGCAUUAACUUGAGGUAACUUCACUAUUUUGAGUUUUUAGAGAAGAGUUAAACUCGGGUAUGGUUGAAUUAUUAAAUAUGCAAGUUAGAACUCAAUUCCACUGAAAAUUUACCUUUUGAGUCAGGUUUUGUGUCAGUACUUUAGUAGUUUUUGAAAAUGUGUUUGAUAUCACAGUGUUUGUAAAUUCUAUGAAAAUGCAUUUUCAAAACAACGUAAACAUGUUUUUUACAACAGUGCUUAACGUAAAGAAAAUGUUUUACAAUCUGUAUGGAUGAAGGUUGAAACUGACCUCUUUUGUGUGCUUUAAAAUGACUUUGGAAUUAAAAAAAAAAUAUAUAUAUAUAUAUAUAUAUAUAUAUAUAUAUAUAUAUAUAUUCCCCAAACAUUGUCUUCAUUCUGCAAAGUCACUUCACAGCAUUUUGGUCCACUCAGCAUUUCUAUGAAAGGAAUAGAAAAAGGAAUUCUAGUAUGUGGUCUAGAAAAUUCAAAUGUUCUUUUUAUGUAUGUAUAUUUGGUAUGAUGGGCCAUGACACAUAAUAUAUUUUGAAGCUCAGAAAAUCCAUGAGGAGUCCCUGCUAAGUAUCCUUUGUAGCAACCAGAAGUUAAUCAUGGUAGUACCAGGUCAAGUAUGGUUGUUGGAGGAAGGUGUUUUUUUUUUAAGUGGAUCAAAAAAAAAAAAAAAAACAGCAAAUACUUUUCAAGUUAUAAUGAAUUAUUUGUAAAUAGUUUUUAGUUUUUAAAAUGUAAAGUGUUUUGAGUGUGAACAGUUGACUAAAACUACAUGCAACUGCUUUUCUGAAAGAAAGAGGAAAACUAGAAAAGAAUGCAAACAGGCAGGAAUCUUAAGUGAUAUCAUCAUCUCUGGAGAAAAAAAAGUGGCGUAUUAUAAUGUACUACAGUAUCAAUGUGACUAUCUUGACUUCUCUUACAAACCUUGCAUCGUAUUAGAUCUGUAAAUUUAUUGUGUGUCUGAUUAGCCAACCUAACCCUGCACUAGAGGGGGAGGUCUCCUUGUUUGAAGAACUGUGUAACUCAGUAACUGACUUGUUCUGACAUUGUAACUUAAUAGAAGUGAUUUGGAAGGAAGCAUGGUGUAUGAGAUGGUGUCUGUUCUUUCGUGCCAGCUCUGUAUGAUGUUUGUAGGACCAUGUUUGUAAGACAUGAAUAAACUGCUGGUUUUACCCAACCCAUUUCAA